AUGUCCGACAAUGAAGAAAUCCACAGCCACGAUGGCUUUGACGCCCUCGAUCACCAGCUAGUUUAUGUAUACGCUCCUGCGAAUGCCCCUGACGAUACUUCAACUCGACCGGCGAAGAGACGGAAGGUUGCAAAGGUGGAGGCUUUAGUUUCAGGAAAUGCGCCUGUUCACACAUUGAAGUUCGAGACUCUUUUGAAUGGCCUGGAAAGCCCUGAAUGCGUAGCCUUGCGCCAGGAGACCUUUGAGCGCGCCUGGGCAAAGACAGAGGCGCAAAUUCAGUCUAUCUUGGAUGAAGCAAAUGAGGAUACGCUCGGAGAAGUCACCGCAUUUGUGGAUGGUACCAAAAAACUUGGAAGCUUUGCAGCAAGAGUUCCUACCGGGUUCAUUGUUACUGGACCAAAUAUUUCUUCUCACUCACUCUUGUUCAAGCAAUUAUCUACCCGACUAAAGACAGAGAUCAAUGGGCCAACCGUUGUUUUGAGAUCUAAUGAUGCCUCAAAUCUCAAAGCCGUUCUUAAGCAGCUUAUUCGAGAUGUAACAAACCAGAGACCCGGUGAUGGCGAUGAGAAAGGUCUCUAUUCUGAUCAAGACGGCCGGAAACUGUUGAAUUAUGACUUGGAAAUCCUCCAUGGCUACGUGAAGGCUCAUGGCAGUCUGGCAGUGGUUAUUGCUUUCCAAGAUAGUGAAGCUUUCGACUCUGAUUUAAUAUCAGAGCUGAUAAACCUUUUCAGCUCUUGGAUGGAUCGUAUUCCCUUUGUUCUGCUUUUUGGUAUCGCUACAUCGUUGGACCUUUUCCAUGAACGGCUUUCAAGAUCAGCAAGUCGCUUGCUCGAUGGCGUGCAAUUUGAUGUCGAGCAGAGUAGUUGUUUACUGGAGAGAAUUUUUCAAAGCGCUGUUGCUGGGUCUGAAGCACCAUUGAGACUUGGAAGUGUGCUUGUCUCUAGCCUGAUGGAGAGGCAACAUGAUCAUAUUCAGAGUGUUCAGUCGUUCAUUGCAGCCCUGAAGUACGCAUACAUGUGCCACUUCUAUGGUAAUCCUUUCAGCUGGCUCUGUGAUGAUACAUUAACUGGCCGUAAUCUUCCAAAUCUCCUUCGACCUCAUCACCUUGAAGUCAUUAAAACGCUCCCUUCUUUUCAGAUGAUGGUGGAUGUGUUGAUCAAAAGAGAGCAAUUGACGCGGGCUAAAACCCUUCUCAAAGAUGACAAAGCCCUUAUCCAGGAAAUCGAGAAAUCACAAGAAUCUAGGAAGAGGUCGAUUACUCAACUCCUACGAGCUAUGUUUUUACUGUCAACCUCUUCACCAGAACCUGUUGAUAAGAUUGAGCUCUACGUGACUGCUUUUCAAGGAGCUCUCGCCGAGUCAGACUUCGUCAAACGGGUACUUGACUCAAUCAAGCGGAUGGACCCUGACGAUUUGUUAACUUUUGUCAAAGCUCUUUCAAAUUGCAUAGAGAAUGGAAGCGCGGAAAUGAAUCUCGUCGGCUGGGGAGAUGAGGAGGAUGAGCUCCUUGGUGCAAUAAUUGGAAUAUACUCAAAAGUGUCAGCCCUGGAGAUGGAUUCUGCUAAAACUGGAAACCCGAUUCGGAGCAGUUACGCGAUUCAUAGCAAGGGAGUGAGGACGACUGUCAUUGCUCAAAGAGUACAGCUGAGCUAUGAGAACUCGACACUCACUGAGCAGGACAAAGAAUUCACAGCACUCGUGGACUGUCUGACGGGCCGGCUCCAGGAGUGCUUCUCUCAACCAGGGAAUCCCCAGGAACUGUUUUUGAAUGAAGUUUGGCUUUACGAUUGGACGGUUCCUCACAAGAGCAUUUUCACACCACGACCUCGGGAGGCUAUUGAGCUUGCUCUCCACACACCAUACCGCUACUUGAGCUGCGAUUGCUGCGAGUCCGUCGAAGGGCUGUCCUCAACACACCCGGCAACAGCGAUACUAUACCAGAUGUACCUUGAAACCGGGUCACUCAUCAACAUAUUUGACCUUUGGUCAGCUUUCUUUGAGAUGUUGGGCGGUGGCGAGGAACAGAAGUGUGAUGAACGGGUUGCACUUGUCAUGUUCUACAGAGGUCUGGCGGAUUUGAAGUCGUUGGGUAUGGUCAAGCAGAGCAAGAAGAAGGCAGACCAUCUGGCAAAGGUAGCAUGGAAGGGUUUGUGA